ACGCAUGAGUAAGUGACAACGCCUGAUUCGUCCGCCCUGUCACUGACGCCUUCCGGUGACGUCAUCUACCCUCCCUGACGUCACACCGAGGACCCCGUGACGUCAUCUACCACUGACGUCACACCGAGGACCCCGUGACGUCAUCUAAAACCGACGUCAUACCGAGGAGCCCAGUGACGUCACAACCCAUCUGAAACCGUGGACUCGCCGAAUCCCGCCAACAAAAUGAGCGACAACGAACACCGCAUCCGCCUCGUCCUGCUCGGUGGCGCUGGCGUCGGCAAGAGCUCCAUCAUUAGCCGUUUCCUCUACAACAAAUACACGGAAAAGUACAAAAGCACAGUGGAGGACCUGUACAACCGCGACUACGAGAUUGGCCAGAUCACCCUCAAGGUCGACAUCCUGGACACGGCCGGAGACUUCCAAUUCCCCGCCAUGCGAAGACUCUCCAUCGCAAACGCACACGCCUUCCUCAUUGUUUACUCCAUAAGUAGUUCCCAAUCGUUCGAAACCGUCCGUCAGUGCAUUGAGGAGAUCAAGGAGCAGCGCGUUGACUUCGAGGACAUUCCCAUCGUCAUUGCAGGCAACAAGAUGGACCUCGAGGUAGAGCGGCAAGUCUUCAAGGAGGACGUGACGGAAUGGAUCUACAGAGAGCUCCAGAGAUUCAGGUGCCGCGUCAUAGAGUGCUCGGCCAAGGAGAACCUUCACAUCAAGGAUAUCUUCCGGACCUUCCUGCAGAUCGGAAAGGUGCCCCAGGGUGAGGAACCGAGUCUCAAGCGCCAGUCGUCGGCCUACACAAAGAGCCGGAGCCAACGGAGGAGCCAGACGCCUCCGAGGGAGCGGGAGAGCAGCAUCCCGGAGAACGGCGGCGCCACGGGCUCCACCCCCCCGUCCGCCUUCUCGAGAAACAAGCCCCGGAGUCGCUCGCUCAUCAGACGGUCUUCCAAGAAAGCCAAGCAGCAGGUGCGGGAUGCUCAGCCGGACGAGUGCUCGCUGUCGUAACUGCGUCUCGGAGCGCUGGCCUUGGCAUGCGAUGCGGGAUCCGAGUGACGUGGGUCCGAGUGAUGGGGUCC